GCCGCUGCCGCCACCUCCUCCUCGUCCCAACCCCCAGCCUCCCUCCCUCUCUCUCUCCCCAUCUCCUCUCCUCUCUCUGUCCGGUUUCUCCCUUUCCCGCCGGCGGCGGCCCUGGCAGAGUAGGCACCGCAGGGCGGAGAGGGGCGAAAACCUCCAUGUAACACCAUGACAGGCAUCGCCGCCGCCUCCUUCUUCUCCAAUACCUGCCGCUUCGGGGGCUGCGGGCUGCCCUUCCCAACCCUGGCGGAGCUCAUCGAGCACAUCGAGGACAACCAUAUCGAUACAGACCCGCGUGUGUUGGAGAAGCAAGAACUACAACAGCCAACUUAUGUUGCUCUCAGUUACAUUAAUAGGUUUAUGACUGAUGCAGCUCGGCGAGAGCAGGAAUCCCUGAAGAAAAAAAUCCAGCCUAAACUCUCCCUGACUCUAUCAAGUUCAGUGUCCCGGGGAAACGUAUCCACUCCUCCACGCCACAGCAGUGGGAGCCUUACUCCGCCAGUCACGCCACCCAUUACCCCUUCCUCGUCGUUUCGUAGCAGCACACCCACAGGUAGCGAGUAUGAUGAGGAGGAAGUAGACUAUGAAGAUUCAGACAGCGAUGAGUCCUGGACUACAGAAAGUGCCAUCAGCUCUGAAGCUAUCCUAAGUUCCAUGUGUAUGAAUGGAGGAGACGAAAAACCCUUUGCUUGUCCUGUCCCUGGCUGUAAAAAGCGAUAUAAGAAUGUGAACGGUAUAAAAUAUCAUGCCAAGAAUGGCCACAGAACACAGAUACGUGUGCGGAAGCCAUUCAAAUGUCGUUGUGGGAAGAGUUACAAGACAGCUCAGGGUCUGCGGCACCAUACAAUCAAUUUCCACCCGCCAGUGUCUGCUGAGAUUAUCAGAAAGAUGCAGCAAUAACAUGCUGGUCACAAA